AUGAUAAAAUCACAACGCACCCGGCAGCCCGACUCACCGUCGCCGGAAUCGCACUCGCCCGACACCGCCCUGCCCUCGUGCGAGCCCAUUGACGACCACGACCGCGACGACAUCGCCGCCUACUCCUUCACCACCGUCGACGACGACGUCCGCCGGAGCCUUCACCGCGAGAGCAGCCCGGCCUACUUGCGAUCCGACUCGCUGCAGCCCGCCUCCAGCCUCCCCGCCCGCCUCCAGGCCGCCGCUGCCGCUGCCGCCACCCACAGCAGUGGCACCGACGGCGCCAACGCGUACCACCGCCCAUCCUCGCUCCACGACUACGCCUCCUCGGCCGCCUCGUCCCCUGGUGCGUCGGCGUAUGCUGGCCUGUCCCUCAACAGCGAACGGGGAAUUGAUGAGGCUGGCUCUGCGGUUACGUCACUGCCCAGAGGCCAGUCUCCCUUUCGAGUGUCCAGACGGGCUAUCAUGAAUGGUGACGCCGAGUUGCCCCACCGCUCCUCCUCACCCCUCAAGCGCCGUGCCUCCAGCAUGGAUCCCGAGCCGGAUGCCGCGUCUCGCAACGACCACGACGUCAACAUGAAUUCUUCGCAAAACACGGCCCCCGCCAGGUCCACGGAUGUCCCCCGGGCCAUGAGCGUUGACCCGCCAGAAGGUCCUGACGCCGCCCCAGCACAGAACCGGCCGCCUCUUGCUGAGCAAAUCAAAAUUAUUGAGACGCUUCUCAAGGCAUUCGAGGAGGCUCCCAUCGCCGAAGGCAACAAGGCCUAUCUCGUCUCCAGGGCAUGGGUCGACAAAGCCCGCUCGCUGCAAGGACCAAGCAAGGCCAAUGCCGAAGACAACGACGUGCACAUUGGCCCUGUCGACAAUUCGGACAUCAUCGACCAGGUUAUCAAGGACCCCUCAGGUACCACCUUUACCCGCCUCAAGCCCGGUGCCGAUGAAGAGAUAAUUGUUCUCUUCCCAGAGGAUGCCUGGAAACUCGUUGUCGAGUGGUACGGCAUCAAGGAAGGACAAGAGCCUAUCGUCCGCUCUGCUAUAAACUCAUCGGAGGCUGAUGCCAAUAUUCUUUACGAGUUUCACCCCCCCAUCUUUCGCGUUCACCGCGUUUGGUCGGAACUGAGCCCAUUACCCAUCGAGCAGGCCCUGAAAGCGAACAAUCCUCCUGCUAUUCUUGCCCCUAGAAGUCGCGGCGCAAACCUCCAAGCAUUUUUAAAGGACAUCAAGACCUGGGCGGGCAUUCCUCUCGACCGCAAGGUCCUUGUCCACCAAGUCCGACUCCCCGCCCCCACCGCCAUCCCAGCUGCCCAGGAAGCGGGCUCUGCAUUGACGCCACCUGAUUCUCCCGGCCGCGACACCCAACAUGCCGACGGCUCCUGGCCUAACCUGCUGGUAGACCUGCCCACAUUUGCACAGUCCCGGGAAUUUCGUGAGCAACUGUCCCACAUACAGGACAAAACAAACGGCAGUUAUACGAGUACCGUUCAACUACAUAUGAAGAACCUAGUGACAGAUGCGACACUAGUCCUAGACGAAGUGAUUGAACCACCCAGGAUUUCGGUGAGCACAUACAAGGGUCAGCAAACAACGCAAAAGUCCUCGUCUGCUGGUUCUGUAUUUCUAUCCAAGAUGAGUAGCGCUAGGAGUAGCCCGGGCCCCGAGGGCGUCAUGACCAGAGGCCGUGCAGGCAAGAAGAAGACGCUUGGCCGCAGCGUUGGCGUUGUUGGCUUGCACAACCUUGGCAACACGUGCUACAUGAACUCGGCGCUGCAGUGUGUUCGGAGCGUUGAAGAAUUAACCAAAUUCUUCAUCACUGGGGCGUAUGUUGCCGAAAUCAACAAAACCAACCUCUUGGGUUACAACGGUAAAAUAGCGUCGACCUAUGGUGGUCUCCUACGCGACAUUUACCAAGAAGGUCGCGGUUCGGUCAGUCCCCGAGACUUUAAGAGCACUGUCGGCAGAUGUCGAAGUACUUUCUCCGGCUGGGGCCAACAGGACUCGCAGGAAUUCCUUGGAUUCUUGCUUGACGCUCUUCAGGAAGAUUUGAGCCGUAUCAAGAACAAGCCUUAUAUCGAAAAGCCUGAUUCUACCGACGAAAUGAUCGACGACCCUGAAGCUAUCCGCGAAAUGGCUGCCAAGGUAUGGGAAAUCACUAGACUGAGAGAUGAUUCAGUCAUUGCCGACCUGUUUACUGGCAUGUACAAGUCGACGCUAAAGUGCCCCGAGUGUGGCAAGAUUAGCAUCACGUUUGACCCUUUUAACACUUUGCCGCUUCCCCUUCCGUUGGAAACUGUGUGGAGCAAGACGGUCAAGUUCUUUCCUCUGAAUGAUGUGCCUGUCAACAUUGACGUCGAACUUCCGAAGCAUAGCUCCAUCGAAGCUCUCAAGGCGUAUCUAUCUCUCCGCACAGGGGUACCUGUUGAGCGAAUGAUGGGCGCCGAGGAAUAUAAGGAAAAGUUCUUCAAAAUUUAUGAUAACAACCAGGAUGUCUCCGACGAAAUCACGCAGCCCGACGUACCUACAUUUCACGAGCUAGAGUUGGUGCCUACAAACUGGCCUUCCAAGCCAUCGCCACAGAGAUACCGCUCAAUGCUGGAUGUUGAUACUCAACCUGAAGAUGCUGAGGAUUCUGCCACAGAGAGGAUGGUUGUGACCGUUGUGCACCGUCGGCCCAAUAACCCCAGUCGCGCAGACGACACAUGUCCGCCUCACUUUAUCACUCUGACAAGGGAAGAGGCAUCCAGCUAUGACGCCAUUCAGCGCAAAAUUCUUGAAAGGGUUGCAACAUUUUCCACCUGGAGCAAAUUCGCCAAUGAUGAGGAGGCUGAGGGCACGGAUACGGAUAUGGUGGCCACUUCGGAUGCCGACUCUUCAGGAGAAGGCAAGGUGGCGGCAAAGUCAGUCGAGGGCGAAGAGGACAUGGUCGAUGUCACAAUGAAAGAUACCAGUACUACGCCUCCAGGUCAACCCGCUUUGCUGAAGCGGUUCAAUAAAACGCGACCCAAAUUUGUGGAUGCUUCGGCACGACUCAGCCCUUCACUACAGAACUUGUUUGAGCUGAGAUAUUUUGCCAGCCCUAGCGACCGAGCCGUUCCUACAGGAUGGCAGUCUGCAGACAACAACAGAACGUUGCCCAGUCUAUCAGACCGCAUACCUCAAGUGUCCGACAAGAGUGAAGAGAGCGGUACACCCGAGAGCUCAAACGGCGACGGCUCUGACAACGAUAAUGAAAAUGAAAAUUAUGAAGACAAGGACGAACAGGGUAACGAAGAAGCGAAGAGCGAGUCAAUCCAAACUCGUAUGGUCGCAGAGUCAAGCGAGGAGGACCUUCCUCGUCGAUUUGAUCGUGGAGGUCGCAAACAAAGAAACGGUGGCCGGAAGAACUUCAAGCAUAAAUCAUAUGGCAAACGCGGCGCCAAUCAACGAGACAGGCUCAUGCGAACUGGCAAGGCCAAUGGUCUUGCUCAAUUAAAUCCGCAGCCAAUGCCCCCAGCAGUUGCCGAUGGUGGUCCCCUUGUCCGUCUAGGCGAGGGUAUUGCUGUUGAUUGGAACGAAGAUGCUUGGGAAAUGGUCUUUGGCGGAAAAGGCAAAGAAAAUCCGGCUGAAGGCACCAGAACUUUUCUUCGUCUGCAAUCGCUACAAGAUCCUAUUAUCAAGAUCAACCAGCGCCGCCGUCAAACUCGGAAGUCGAGAGGCAUUACCCUGGACGAAUGUCUGGAUGAAUUCGAGCGGGCCGAGAUUCUUUCUGAAAAUGACAUGUGGUACUGCCCCCGCUGCAAGGAACACCGCCGCGCCAGCAAGAAGUUUGAUUUAUGGAAGACACCGGACUAUCUCGUGACUCACUUGAAGCGAUUUAGCAGCAGCGGCUGGCGGCGUGACAAGUUGGACGUGCUGGUCGACUUUCCGAUUGAGGAGCUUGAUUUAACGGCACGUGUGAUUGAAAAGGAGGAUGGCAAGUCGGAAGUGUACGACCUGAUCGCCGUCGACGACCACUACGGUGGGUUGGGCGGCGGCCACUACACAGCCUACGCCAAAAACUUUGUGGACGGCAAGUGGUACAACUACAAUGACUCUUCAGUAAGCCUCGUGUCGGACCCGCAGUCUGUUAUUACCAGCGCAGCGUAUCUGCUCUUUUACAAGCGUCGUGCAUCUGGGCACCUGGGCGGGCCGCGCUUUGCAGCCAUUCUGGACAAGUACGAAAGGGACACGACGGAAGGAGAAAGCAGCGGGGACGAUGAUGCUGGCGGCAAGACGGAUGAAGAUCUUCCAGCGUACACUGGGCGCGGACUUGGAGAUAGACGACCAAGCACGGAGGAUGAGUCGGGGCCCAGCACGUUGCUGGCGCCGACUUGGAGCUUUGGGCCUCUGGACAGCGGAGCCGAGCAGUCAGCGGGGCCGGCCAGCGACGUGGCCCAGUGUGAGUCGUCGGAAGAUGACAGCAACGCGCAAGCCAUCUAUGACACAGUCAUGGCCGGGGGUGGGGAGAGCUUGGAAGGCCUCAUUGCGGGAGAAUUCGAAGGGGUGGUAGCCGGAGAGGAUGAAGCGACGGAAAUUGACGCCGAGAACUCGAGGGCUUAG